UUUGUAUUGUAAUAGACAAAGUUUGCAUUAUCAUCCUUGCAUUAUAAUAGACAAUGUCUGUAUGAUACCUUUGUAUUGCAUUAAUAUUAUAAUUCUUGCUAUUUCAUUACAGUAAUCUUAUAAUUUUUGUGCUACAAUAUCUUGUAUUGCAUUGUGCUAUCUUCUAUUAUAAACUUUAAGAAGUUACAUAUUUGUCUGUAUACAUUCAGACCAGUCUUUAACAUCACACAGGAAUACAAGCAUUAUAUAAAAUGCUUUCAUAAUUUUUAUCAUUAAUAUCUCUUUAAAGUACAUAAUUAUUUAGACUUCAUUGAACCAUGAAAUCUGCUAAUUAAUUUAAUGAACUUAAUAAAAGGAACGAACAGUUGAGAAAUGUAAAUUUCUGUAUUCCAGUGUUAUGUACACAAUCGCAGACUUCAAUUCCACGGUAGGACAAAUAGUAACCGAUAUUAAGCGAAGGCACAUCUGCGAGGCAAUACGCGAUUAGACGCAGAAGCAGCGAGACAAAUAUUGUCUUUUCUAAUCUGCCGUUAGAGUCGCACUAUCUUGGAAUUACCAUGGGAUAGGAUCGAAUUCUUCGGGAGUUAAUUGGGUCCUGGCUAGGGAUUUCGUGCGAAGAUUCCGGACGUAAAGACAAACGAGAAUGGUCAUAACCCUUAGUCUUGUUUACCCAAGGGUAGAGUUACAUUCAAAGGAUGUACUCCGGAAUUGUUAUCCCGUGAUAAAUGGGCCAGUUGCACCUUCUAUUAAACAUUUUCCAACUAAGUGAAUAUAAUUUACGCCGCUCCGCAUUUUCAAAUGUUGCGCGCCAUUUUUGAAGACUGCCCGCCAUUUUUCUCGAACCGCCGCGUCGAUUCGAGUUUCAUCGAUUCAAAUUUCAUAUUCCGCAGCGAGGGAUCAACGGACGGCGGUUGCGACGAUGGCUAGUCUUCGAAUCCUGCAAAUAAAUAAUAAAGUGUCAUCGAUUCAAAUUUCAUAUUGCGCAGUGAGUCAUCAAUGAAUGGCGGUUUCAACUAUGGCUACUCUUCGAAUCCUGCAAAUAAAUAAUCGAGUAUCAAAGGGACUCGUCCAUCGAAGGACCGCGUCAAAGAUCGGGUCCUGCAUCUUCAGAAGCUGCCUAAGCAUCUAACGUUGGUCGCGAGCUGAUCUCUGGAGAGGCUCGAGUGUCUUGGACGAGUUGGGCACCGCUUCGAGGAGUAUGUGUCCGGGGGUGGUUAUUUUAAUUACUGUCCGGCGGCUUUAAAUUAAAGAGCUGGGUUAUUCCGGCGCCGAGCAACCCCUCUACGCUUCCUUCCGCUUCGGUAACCGGUAUCUAUCGACUCCAACAUUUCGGAACGUCCGGGAAGAUUUCGAACCGAGCUUCAUUGUUUGCUCGUAAAAGAGGAAUCGUCCGAAAGUCCGAAGGUGCUGAAUCCACCUUUGUCUCCCAUGUGCAAGCAUGAAAGAAUAUUUCGUCAGCUGCAUGUGACUUAGACUUGGGGUAUAAGGAUUCCAGGAAUUCUUGCAGCAAAACAACCUAAUAUUGACAUCGGCAAAGAACCGGAAGAAGAGAGCCGGUUCUAUUAGAACCUCGUCCGACUAAGCUUCCAGUUAGCCAGGCCACGAGCUUUCAUUUUUUCGCCGUGGGAAGCUGUUGGUGGGCUCGCCGGGCCCACCCUCUCAUCGGUCAAGCUGGCGAGCGCUCUAACCGCUGGUAUGAACCCCCACCAUCCGGGCCAUUCUGCAGCCUACCCCCAUCACCCCUCGCUAUCGAGCAGUCCCCAUCAUUCCGGGCCCCAUCACGGCUACAGUACCGGUGGAGGUGGUGGCGGGGGUGGCGGUGGUGGCACCACCACGACACCAGACUUGCCGAGUCCACAUUCGCCACCCCAUGGACCUGCCAUUGACCCAGCUACCCCGUACGCCUCGCUGCAACCUGGCCAAGGUAUGAGCAGCAAUGGACAUCAUCAUGGCGGUGCUGGAAUGAUGACCGAUCAUCCGCAUCACCCUGGACACCCACAUCCACACUUGCCGGGACACCCGGCUUAUCCUCCGGUCAAUCACAACAACAACUGUACGCUUAAGCAAGAGGGUGGUCCAAGCGGACCAACGGGGAUCCAACAGUGUGCCGGUUGCGGCGGCCAAAUAGUAGAAAGAUGGCUGUUGCUCGCGAUGGAUCGGUAUUGGCACAAUGCUUGCCUAAAGUGCUCGUGUUGCAGUGUAACGUUGGCGGAAAUCGGUCACUCGUGCUACACCAGGUGCGGAAUGAUCCUCUGCAAAAAUGACUACAAAAGGAUUUUCGGGAGCGGUGCUUGCGCGGGUUGCGGCAACACGAUACCUCCCAGCGAGCUGGUGCUGAAGACGACCGGAUUGGUGUUCCACCAGAAAUGCUUCGCGUGCAGCAAGUGCGGGAGCCAGCUGGUUUCCGGGGAUAGGUACUACCUGCAUUCGGGGUCACCGGUGUGCGAGACGGAUUGGCACAAAAUCGUGAAGUCGUCGUCGGUCGCGGCCGCAGCCGCGGCGGCGGCGGCCGGAAACGGAGGUGCACCGGUGAGAAAAGGUAAGGUGGGUCGGCCUCGAAGAAGUCGCGAAUGAGGUGGCAACCCGGU